UUCGCCGCUGCGCUCGGCGACUCCGUCCCUCCGGCGGCUGCUGCGCUCGGCCCCGUAGUGCCGCCGCCGCGCGCCCGCUGUCGGCGCGGGCCUCCGUGGUGGGGGUCGUCCUGGUCCUCGGUUCGGGCCUCCGUGGUGGGGGUCGCCCUGGUCCUCGGUUCGUGAAGGCUCAGCUGGGCCAAGCGGCCUUGUCUCCGUCCUUUUUGCCGUGACCGUAGCAGCUUAAGGCUAAGUAAGCGUCCGAGUUGUUUGAAACAAUUACUGUGAAGCGCCGUGUGUCCUGGUGGCAAGAUGGGAUUCCGUUCUAAAUUGCACUGGGUGGCACCCGUCCGUUCCUUCUCUGCUUGAAUCGAAUACUCCGUAAAUCGGAAAGAAUAAAGUUUCUAUUUGCUGUGUGGAGAAUGGACUGGAAAAGAGAAGGAAGUGGGAGUUCAUGCAGGAAGCUGUUGCAGAAGCCCAGAGUUGCAGUUUUCCUUCAGCAAACCUCCUUUUUUGGUACUUCGUGGCAGAGUGUUUUCAAACCGAUGCCUGUGACCAACCAGGACACAGAGUGACCCAGGUGUCUGGGUGGAGGCCUGAGCUGGGAGAACGAAGGCACUCUUGGAAGGAACCUGCAGAGGAUAGCAGCAUGGACGGGAAGGCCCAGGACAGCAGCAGAAGCCUUCCCCGCAGAGCGGUGCCCCCAGCUGUGGGGCUGCUGCUCUCUAUGGCUCUCAUGAAUGCUCUCCUCUACCUCUGCCUUGACUGGUUUUUCAUCGCCCCUCCCCACUCCACUCCGGGCUCCACCCACUGUCCCCACGGACAUUUCAGAAUGGGACAGAUGAAAAACUGUUCACCGUGGCUGUCCUGCGAGGAGCUGAGGACAGAAGUGAGGCAGCUGAAGCGUGUUGGGGAAGGAGCCGUGAAGAGAAGACCCAGCGAGAGAGGGAACAGAAGCAGGGAGAGUGAGAGAGGAAGACGCAGCCUUCUCGAGGAGCAGGGAAUUUAUGCGAAUCAGGUCUUUCUGUCUGAGUGGAAGGAGCGCAAAGUGGCGCUCUCACGGCUCUCCCAGCUGGAGAUGAAAGAGGAUUUCCUGCACGGGCUGGAGAUGCUGAAAGGUCUACAGAGUAAACACGUGGUCACCCUGCUCGGCUUCUGUGAGGACGACAACACUAUCCUUACUGAAUAUCACCCCUUGGGCUCCUUGAGCAAUCUGGAAGCAACGCUGAACCUUUCCAAGUACCAGAACGUGAACACAUGGCAGCGCAGGCUACAACUGGCCGUGGACUAUGUCAGCAUCAUCAACUACUUGCACCACAGCCCCCUGGGCACACGUGUCAUGUGCGACUCCAACGACCUGCCCAAGACGCUGUCACAGUAUCUGCUGACCAGUAACUUCAGCCUCUUGGUGAAUGACCUGGACGCCUUGCCCCUGGUGAACCACAGCUCCGGGAUGUUGGUGAAGUGUGGCCACCGGGAGCUGCAUGGGGACUUCGUGGCUCCAGAGCAGCUGUGGCCCUAUGGGGAAGACACGCCUUUUGACGAUGACCUCAUGCCCUCCUAUGACGAGAAGAUCGACAUCUGGAAGAUUCCAGACGUCUCUAGCUUCCUUUUGGGGCAUGUUGAAGGGAGCGAUAUGGUCCGGUUUCAUUUGUUUGAUAUUCAUAAAGCCUGUAAGAGCCAGUCACCUGCAGAACGACCGACAGCUCAGGAUAUUCUAGACACUUACAAGAAGGUUUUGAAUUUACUCAGAGAUACCAUGGUGUCCCAGAUGAGAGAAAUGCUCUAGAAACCCGUCCUGUCAGUGAGGAUGGGAACAAAUGGAAGAGAUGCAGCAAACUUGCUCUGAUGGUGAGGUUUUUGCUGUUCAGCUGUGUGGUCCUUCCUCUGCUUCCACAUGCACCCGUGAGUGGCGUUCACCCGCCGGGGACCAGGGCAGAAGUCGCUGCAGGCACACUGGGUUUGGCUGAAGUCUGGCCUCCCUCUCUCAUGCUGAUCACUCCCAGUGGAAGACGAGAGAAGCAGGAAUCUAGCCACAGCUGAAGGAAGUAACCAAAAAAAGCCACAAAGAGGCUUCCCUUGCCCUAAUUACUGAAUCUGGAGGCGUGUAAGAAAUGUAUAUAGAAGGGGCGCCUGGGUGGCUCAGUGGGUUAGGCCGCUG